GGGUGCCAUUAACGUGAGUACAUAACAGCAACAAAUACAAUAAUUCCCCGACAAUUUGAUAUUUCUUCCGCCUGCACUUCUACCUUUACCAUUUGCUUUCCUUGUGCUGCCAGACUUUACUGCGGCCUUACGGAUAGAUUCGCUAUGAAGGUCGCCGUCAUAGGCUCCGGCGUCGCUGGUCUUGCGGCCACCUGGGCAUUGAAUGAGUACAGCGACCACGAGGUUCAUUUAUACGAAGCAGACAAACGCCCUGGAGGCCACGCAAACACAGUCCCGUUCAGCUACGAAGGCAAGGAUGGAUCGAGACGGACGGUGAAGGUCGAUACUGGAUUUAUCGUUCUCAACCCGUCUACGUACCCCAACUUUCUGCGAUUCCUCAAGCUGCAUCCUUCGGUGGAAAUCCUUCCGACGGAGAUGACAUUCAGUGUGACUCGGGACAGCGGGAAGUUUGAAUGGGCCGGAAAUAACCUUGCCACGCUGUUUUGCCAGCCUUGGCGAGUCCUGGACCGGAAUAUGUGGCGAAUGAUAUACGACAUACUACGAUUCAAUGUCAAUGCAAGACGGCUUGUGUCAAUGUGGAAUAAGCAGAACGCUGAGGCAUGGGAGGACUAUUCUAUUGGAGAAUACCUAGAGUGGGAGUCGUACUCUGAUGCCUUUCGCGACAACUACUUGAUCCCCAUGACCGCUGCUAUAUGGAGUACGCCACCGGAUAAAUGUGCUCUUGAUUUUCCCGCUCGAACUUUGAUCCAAUUUAUGCAUAACCAUCACCUCCUUCAGCUCACGGGAAAGCCGUCCUGGCUAACCUUCAAAGAUGGAAGCCACGCCUAUGUAAACGCUAUUCUGUCAAAGCUUCCCUCGUCACAAUUACAUCUCUCUUCGGAAGUCAAAUCAAUUAGCACAGAAUCCGGAAUUAUAUUAACGACUGAAGAUGGCAGAAAGGAUUCAUAUGAUCGCGUCGUCAUGGCCUGUCACUCUGAUGCUGUGCUUUCGAUUCUCAAAGCUGGGCGUAGUAUCCAGGCGAAGGAAGAAGAGAUCUUAGGGAUGUUCAAAUGGAACAAGAACGAAGCUAUCCUGCAUUCAGAUCCUAAACUAAUGCCUAGGAGUAACAUUGCCUGGUCCUGCUGGAACUAUUUAACGUACUCUACCGUUGACCGGCAUGGAGAACGAAAAGCCAACGUUGACCAAGUGUCCCUAACGUACGGCAUGAAUGCCCUUCAGCAUAUAUCCAAGAAAAAUGUUGGUCCGGUCCUUGUAACGCUCAAUCCGCCAUUUGAGCCUAACCCCACCACUGUCCGCGGACGAUGGAAAUACGACCAUCCAAUUCUCGAUGGAGAUGCCAUCCGCGCGCAGACUCUGAUGUCAUCCAUCCAAGGGACUCGGGGUAUAACGUAUGCCGGCGCCUAUUUGAACUUCGGCUUCCAUGAAGACGGGUUCACGUCCGGGCUCGUCGCAGUCCGAGAUAUGGGUGUACAGCUGCCAUUUGAGCUGGAGUUUGUGGACGGGAGCGUCUGGGAUACCUCUGUGAAAAAGGUUAGACCGAAGGAUUGGACUGUGGAGUGGACGGCACAGUUCUUUCGCUUUUUGCAGGGUUAUGGGAUUAGAUAUGUUGUUGGGAGGCUACUGGGGCUGGUCCUUGGUUAUUGGCUGUGGUUGCUCGGCCUUUUCGGCAUCCAGUUCGAUUUCUGAGUUCUUAGCAUUGCCUCUUAUCUUCCUUUUCUUUCUUCGGACUGCUCUCAAUGUUUUAUAUUCAGGAUUAAAAUUGAUCGCACUGCAUAGCUUUUUGUACGGUAAUUGCUUAGGGACGUUGAUGAUUUGAUAGAAUCACUUGAUAUAUUGUUAUUGAUGGAUAUCAUCAUAAACUAACUAUGCUUUCGGAAGCAAAGGAAGACAAGGGUAUUCGGACUAGAUGGUCCAUAUGUUGCCAUGCCUGUUUCUUCCAUCGCAACUCCUGUCAGUGGGACAGCGUGAGUUCACGACGAUGAAGAAACCGAAAAACGAGAAUGCUUACCGUUACAAAUUAAGGGCAGAAAGUGUGGGUGUACGUCUGACCGAGAGCAGAGUUACGGUCAGCAGCAUAAUCCGUGGCGUAGGAGUACGCCUGAUUAUCGGGGCAUGAACUCGUAGUGCACGUCACGGUAGUUCCAUCCGAGCU